UACUUCCGGAUCCACUGCCGUGACUUCCGUGUUGUUAACAAGCUACAACUGGUCGGCUACAAGGCCCGGUUUAUUAACUUUAAAGUUUUUAAAACUGUCAGCAACCGACGGGAUGAUCGUGAAUACGGCCCAGUGAGACCUUCAAUUCAGUAUUCAGAUUUAAGAUCACACGCAGGACACCCUGGAUGGCCCAGGUGGUAACAGGUAACAUCCAUUGGGCCAUAUUGUGAAACAUCAGUUUGCAAUGGCCAGUCACUUCCGCAGCUACAUCUGGGACCCCGUCCUCAUUGUGAGUCAGAUUGUGUUGAUGCAGUGCAUCUACUACAGCUUCCUGGGCCUGUGGCUAGCUGGAGUGGACAGUCUGGUGCACACCAAUCGGUCCCUGGAUCAGAUCUUCAGCUAUGGUCAUCUUGGUUUUUCAUCGAUUCAGGGAAGGCUUUCAAUGAUGGCAUUCUUCUUGAAUUCUCUUACCUGCGCCCUUGGCCUGUGGUUCUUCAUCCGUCGGGGGAAACAGUGCCUGGACUUCACAGUCACCGUGCACUUCUUCCAUAUGAUUGGUUGCUGGAUCUAUAAUGCACACCUUCCAGCAGCCCUGUCCUGGUGGCUCGUCAAUAUAGCCUGCAUGGCGCUGAUGGCUGUCCUAGGAGAGUACCUGUGCAUGCGGACUGAGCUCAGGGCCAUCCCAGUCAACACUGGACCCAAAUCUAACCUGUGAACUUUUCUGGACACCACGCUUUGUGGACGUUUAACCCCUGAGGAACUUGCUCGGAAAAAGUAUUUCACAAAUGGAGCACCUUCAUCAUCAAAAUGUUGGAUUGUCAUCUCUUCAAGUGAUUCACCAGAUAAACUGAUCUAUUUAUUCAUGACUGUCUGCUCAAUGUUGGACAGUAUUAACUCUGUAGCAUAUUAAGAUACAUGUUUUAUUGCUUAUAAAAGCAGACAUCAGUUUACACAUUUCUCUGAACCUAAUGACUCUACAUUUUAUUCUUAGUAAUUCCUUUUUUUGUUUUCAUUUUAAGUACAUCAGCAUGAGCAUCUAAUCUGCUAAUUUUAAGAUUUGCGAUAUUCCUUAUUUUUUCCAUUUAUGUGAACAUUGUGAAAUCUGACAAACUUAAACAAGGGACAAAAAUGCAACUGAAUAGCAACAACAACAGAAAUGAUCCUCUCUCUUUGUGUUGGUGUGAUAACUUGCCUCUUGGGUAUACAAACUUGACCAUCGUGUUCAAGGAUACUGUGGUUUUAAAAUUAAAUAGUUCCAGUCAAAUUUCACUGCAAUUUAGAGAUGAAUGUGUGCAAAGUUACCGACAACAGCAUUACAUUUUCUUACAGCUGUAUUUAUAAGCAGGAACUGAUACAUUUCCCCAUUCGAGUUAUUUAAGGUGCUGCUGGAUUGCUUUCUGUUUCCUCAGAGCUGCCAAAAACACACGACACCCUGCAUUUAUUUGCUAAUAAACUGCAUGGUUGGAGAUAUUGAUAACAUAUUAUCUGUCCACUUAUUCUAACAACAAGUGAUGCGCUUUUUGUUGCUUCCUGGGGCUAGAUAAUGUAGCUGUUUUGUUGAGUUUAACUUAUUGGUUGAGCUUGACUUGGCCAAACGCUCUCUGGGAGGCAGUGGUGGAGUGGAUAUGUCUAAGGCUUUUAUUGUGAAAGGGAAAUCAUGAUCUGACGGCAGAAAGAAUUGCUUUCUAAAGGGAAGCUUCAGAUAACCUUUGAAAAAAAAGAUGUUUUUUUUUUUUUUUUACAGCCAUAAUCAACAUUGACCUAAUAAUAAAUGAAAGCAAGCAUGCUCUAUUUUGCCGCUUUUUUAAAGUUAAAUGUUAGGAAACCAGUGCUUUGUUCAAACAAAUAUACUUUCGUUUUUUCUAAAUGGCUUAUUUUUCACUUCCUGGAUUAAGUUUGUACAUUUAAUAUUGCUCGAUUUAGUCAUCAUUGUCAAGUCUGUAGAGCAUGUUGCACAGUGGGUGCUGUUUGUGUCCGUCUCUUUACGUCAUGAUGUAUUAUGCAGACAUAGUGCCCACUUCGGGGACAGUUUGUCAGCCACCACCAGCUGUGCUCUGACAGCAGACUGUCUGUUUGUGACGAUGUGACGAGAAAAGAACAGAAAUGUGCAGCACGGGUGGUUUCUGGAACAGCUUUCUAAUUCAUCAUUGGCUUUUAAAAACCUGUCCAAAUGAACUGCCUUUUACUUGAGAUGUACAGGUUCUGUAACGCUUAUAUUUUUAUUCUGUGUGGUGACUGAAAGGGUGGCCAAAGGCAGUGUCUGAAAUUGGGUUUCUAAAGUGUAGUAUACAGUAAAAGCUGCAGGGAUUGAUAUUUUAAAGUUGUAUAAUAUUUAGACAUUUGGGGAAAUACACUUUUAAAUGAGAAGAUCAAAUAACUUUUAGAAAAAGCUAGCCUCUUACACCCACUACCUCUUAAGCGUACUCAUUAACACAUUGUAUCUUUUUAGAUUUAAACCAAAGUGUUAAAAAUGCUGUGGUGUUACCUGGGUUACAUUCUUUCUUUGAUGGGUUUGGUAAUAAUAUGCUUUUAUGUAAGUCUUUUCUUAGGUUUUCUUGCAAAUAAACUGAUUCUUAAUGGUA